UGAUUGAUUGAUUAAUUAAUUAAUAAUGGAACAACGUAAUAAUCACAUAAUAAUGACAUCAUCAACAACAAAAACAACAACAACAAAUCAAUCAACAUUACGAUUACAUACGAAUCCUAUUAUGAUGGGAACCUUAGGCCAUAGCCAUAAUCAUAUAGCUGCUGCUUAUCAUCAUUCAUAUAAUCAUCAUCCUCAUCAUCAACAGCAUUUUAAUACGGUUCGUGUGGCCAGAUUAAACAGGAUACAUGGACAUUCAUAUCAUGGUCAGCAGCAGCAGCAGCAGCUACAAUUAAUUCAACAGCAACAGCAGCCACCACCAUCAUCAUCAACAUCAAAAUCAUCACCAUUGAAUGGUCUUUUUACUUGGAAACGUAAAUCAUCAACAAAAACAACAUCAACGAUAUCAAAUCGACAUGCUCCAAAUAAUUCAAUAAUUCCAAAUGCGACGUCGCAGUCAAAAGCAGCUACAAAAGCGGCAAUACCGCCUUCAUUGGCCAAAUUAUUUAACCGUGAUGUUGCCGGUAAUACAUCAUUAACAGAUAAUAUGAAUCAUUGUGUUUGUCGUGGUCUAACUGGAUCAACAUUUAUGGCACCUUCUUAUCAUCAUUAUUUUGAUGAUGAUGAUAGUCAAUUGAUUGCACCAUGUUCAAAUGUUUCAAAACAACAAAAUAUUCGUUCAAUAUCGAAUGAUUCAUUAUUAGUGGAUUGCGGUCAGCGUUCAAGUCAACAACAACAACAGCAAUUCAACACAACUCAAACCAAACGUCAUUCAGCAAAAACAAUGGGUAAACCAUUUCAUACAAUCAAUGAACGAAGACGAUUAGUAUCGAAUGUUUCGAAAUCAUUGGAUAGAAUUGUUGCUGCAUCACAGCAAUCAUCGACAUCUUCAUCCGCAACAAAUUCUCAACAAAAACAAACCGAAAAUCGUCGAUCAAUAUUGGAAUGCAACGUUAAUCCAUAUGAACUUGUUUUGACCAAUAAUGAUGAUUCUAAUCAACAAUCUUCAUUGUCGGAUACUACUACAGUCAAAAUAGCCAAACGUACCAAUAACAAAAUAAAAUAUAAAGCGGAUACGGUCAAAUCUAGUCAUUCUAUGUCAUGGAUAAACAAGCAAAACAACAGCAAAGAUGAUGAUUCAAAAAUGAAUCAAACAUUCGAUACUACGGCUAUUUCAUCUUGUCUUGAUUGUAAAGAUCAAAAAUCCAAAAAUCGUAUGAUCGUUCGUAAUCUUUUCAACAAAACAAACAGUAUUCGUAUUGCCGGUCAAACUGUUUAUUCAGCCAUACAAUUUGCUGCCACUGUUGAUGAUGAUCGUACUCAUCCACAUCAUCAUCAAGCUAUCAAUUUAAAGCUGCCACCAUUAACAUCAACAACAAAUCCAUUACAACGUACACGUUCAAGUGGUUCAUUAUCAUCAUCAUGGUCAUUUGAUGAUUCUACUUCACAAUCAAAUUCUGAUUCAUCAUUGAAUCGAUCGACAACGACGACAAGACAAAUUGUUGUUGAUCAACGUAUUUCCCCCUUGAUUAUUGAUGAACCAGAACCUGAUUAUGAUGAUCAAGAUGAGAAUAAUGGUCAAAUCAAUUUGGAAAAUCAUCAACAAAAAGAAUCCACCGAAAUUCUAACCAACGAUGAUGAUAAAAAGAUUAAUUUCGAGCGUAAAAAAUCACCAUCAACCAGUUCGUUACAACGUCCAAAGAAUAUACCACCACCAUGUCCACCACCUGCUCUACCUCCGCCGCCACCACCACCACCUCCGCCGGAAUUUUUAACCACACCAUCAACGUCAUUGUCAACGACGAAUCGUUCAACAACAACAACAUUGCCAAAAAAUCCAAUGAAAAAUGAAAAUCCAACAAACGAAAAACAAUCCAAUAAUCGUCAACAAGAUAAUAAUAAUCGUUCAUUUGAAAAUGAAUUAAAAGAACGUUUAAAUCAAGGUGUUAAAUCUAUAUUGAAAAAGACAAAUUUUUCAUCAUCAUCAUUGAAUGAAAUUGUUUCAGUUGUCCACAAAAACAACAAUGUUGAUGAUAAUAUCAACAUCAAUAAUGAUGAUGUUAUGGAAGAUUCUUCUUCAUUGAAAGGAAAAAAACAUGUUCAUUUUCGUAUGAAACGUUCAUCAGCAGCAUCAGUUUCAUUAUCUGAUGUUUCAGGAACAGUAUCAUCGGGUGGUAGCGGUAGUUUAAAUCGUUCAAGAUCAGCUAGUCAUAUAAUUACCGAAAUUAUACAUGAAGAAGAUUUGGAUAAUAAUGAUGGUGGUGAACAUUGUGGUAACAGCAGUAGCAGCUACUAUGAUGAUGUUUCUCGUUCACCCGAUGAUUUGAUGAUGGCCGAUUUUGGUGAUAAUAAUUCCAAUGAUGGAUGUUGUUUGAUUCAGAAUCAAAAUGAAAAUCAUCGACAACAACUUUCAUCAACGACGAUUUCUCCAUUACCACCACCAGUUCCAGCUAGACGUUAUCAACAACAGAUACCAGAUGAUAAUGAUGUCGAGGAUAAUGAAAAAUCAUCAUCAACAACAGGCAAACAACCAUUGACAAAAUUUUAUUCAACCGGUAGUGUACGAUCAUUAUUGGCAAAGAAAUUAAAUCUUUCAUAUAGUCCAGCAACAAUUAAACGAUCACCAAAUCAUUCACUUGGUCGACGAUUGAAUUUUUCCAUCAAUCAAAAUGUUGAUGCUGAUGAUGAUGAUGAUAUAAAUCUAAACAAUCAAUCAAUCAAUGAUGAUGAUCAUAUCCUCAAUAUUGAUGAAUCUGAUUUGAUCACGAAAUCCGAUGACAAUUGUCAUAAUGAACCGACAAUGAUCAACAACAAUCGUAACACAGAAAUAGAUGAUCACAUCUAUGAAGAGCUGGAUUAUUGUUAUAUUGAUUCGAAAGAAAUAUCUAUGGCCAAAAAUGAUGCAAAUAAAACAACAAAACAUCGUUUGUUUAUGGGAACACAUCGUGAUGAAAUUUUGAAUUAUUUGAAUGGUGCAAGACAACGUUUUGUUGUUGACACCAAUUGUAUGGAUAAACUUGAUUUUGAUAGCAAUUGUAAUAUUGGUCAGUCGUCAUCGUCGUCAACAUCGAUCAAUAACAACAACAAUAAUAAUAAUAAUAAUAAUCAAAUAAUUUCCGAAGAUAUUGAAUCCAAAUAUCAAAUGGAAAAUGAUGAUUCGGGUAAUAGUUCAUUGAUUUGUAUGGCUGAUGAUCAAUAUCAAGAAAGUUUAGUUUAUUUAAUAAAGAAAAAAUCUUGUUUUAUUAAUGCCAACAACAACAACAACAACAACAAUAAUGAUUCAUCAUCAAUAACCGGAUCAACGAUGGCAAGUACACGUCGAAAUCGUGUUAGUAAUAUAAGUAAUGCAUCAAGUGAAUCAUCAGCAACAUCUGGUGUAUCAAUUUCAAAUCUAACUAUGGAUGAAAUGGAUGAUGAUGAUGAUGAUGCUAUUACAACAAGUAGUUCAAGUAUUGGUGGUGGUUCAUCAGCUAAUUCAUCCGGUUAUUAUGUUCUGGCUAAUCGAAUCAUACCAACUGUUGAACGUAAUGAUUCAGGUGUUGGUAACGAAAUUGAUUGCCGUACUAUGGCAAAUAAAGAUGAUGAUGAUCAUGAUCGAAUUUGUUUAGAUUGUGAACGACAUGAAGAUAUGGUUAGCAAUAAUCGUUUACCGAUAACCAGUUUGAACAAUGGAUCCAAACAACAAGAACAGCAUUAUUAUCAUAGUUUUAAUUAUGUAUGUCAUCCAUGUCAAAAACGUCGUAAUGAACGUAAAGAAAUUAUUUCGGAAAUUGUUGAUACUGAAUUGAAAUAUGGUCGUGAUUUAAAGAUUAUAUUGGAAGAAUUUGCCAAACCGAUUAGUGUUGCCGGCCUAUUAACACAACAACAAGUUGAUGAUAUUUUUUUGAAUUUAGAUCAAUUAAUCGAUGUAAAUUGUCAGUUAGCACAACUUCUUCAGGAUGCUGUCGAUUUAGCUAUUGAACAACAAGGUGAUGAGGAUCUUACUACAGUCAACAUUGGUCAGCUGUUUAAUGAAUGUUUACUUGAAAAGAUUGCCGUAUUCGAACGUUAUUGUAUUCGGCAAGCAUCUGCUUCAUUAUUAUUAAAUCAAUUGGAAAAGGAAAAAGAAUUGCUUCGAAUAUUUCUUCGUGUUUCACAGAUGGAAAAUGCUUUGUUACGACGAAUGAAUCUUCGAUCAUUUUUAGUCGUACCAGUUCAACGAAUUACCAAGUAUCCAUUAUUAUUGAAUCGAUUGGUAAAAGUAACACCACGUCAUUAUGCCGAUUAUGAUUCAUUACGUGAAACGCAAAUGAAAUUAGAAUAUCAUUUGGAUAAUAUUAAUCAAAAAACAAAAGGUUCAAUUGCGGCUACUACAUCACGUAUUUGGCGUCGUAUUUCAAAUCUAUCAUCAUCAGCAUCUAUGCGUAUUCGUAAUAAUGAUUCACAACAUCAUCAUCAUGUUAUCGAAGAUUUUGGACAUGUUCGACUUAAAAAGACUUCCUUGGAUCUAUUAAAAUGGCCUCAGGAUGAAAGUCGUUUUAUAAUGAUUGGUAGAUUAUCGUUUAUUGUUGAACGAUCAGGAACAGCUACAAGUUCGGAACAGUUAAAUGCAUCAUACAAUAAUAAUGGUGGUUCAUCAUCAAUCAAUAACAAUAUCAUGAGCAAUUCCACACAUACUAUUUUACAUAAUUCAUUAUCAAAUUCAUCAUCAAUAUCAUCAUCAUCGAAAAUUUGGUCUCGAACAUUGAAAUUUUCUAUUGCACAUGCAGUGCUUAUUGUUAGAUCAUCCAAUGUAUCAGAUUCGGAAACGAUAAAUAUGGAUACAUCAAUCACACAGACAUCAUCAUUAUUGUUGUCGGAUAUAGCCAACAUUAAUCAUUCAUCAUUAUCGAAUGUUGAUUGUUCCGAAAGUAAUGAUUUUUUACUUCGAUCAUCAUCUAAUGUUCGUCAACGAUCCAAUUCAAAAAGUCCUAUACGUAUUAAUAAUGGUAGUAGUUGUAACUCUUUAAGUCUAAGUCAACAACAACAACAACAAUAUCCUGGCAACAAAUCAAAGAUUAAUGGCGAUCGUGAAGCAAUGUUAAUUUUGUUUAAAGAAAAAAAUGGCCGUUAUACAUUAUGUAGAGAUGUUCUCAAUUUAUCAAUGUGUGUUAUAGCCAAAGCAACUGAUUUUGAUAGUGAAGAAUUUUUCGAAAUACAUGAACUUGAAUCACGGGAAUCACUUUUAUUAAAAGCCGAAACACAAUCCGAAAUGCGUGAAUGGUUAGAACAACUUCGUAAACAAAGUCAAUGUCUUGGUCAAUGGCGUCGACGACGUAAUGCAUUACCUAAUAUAAUGGUAUUACGACAAAUGGACAAUGAUAUUAACCAUGAUAAUGAUGAUGAUGUCGACGAUAACAACAGUACAAAUCAAAAUCAUGAACGUUAUCCCACCAUCACCAUUAAUAGCUAGUCCAACCAACAAAGAAACCA